AAAAAAUAAAAUAAAAGUUGAAAAUACGUGCAAAAUGUCAGAACAGAAAAAUAUUAAAGUUGUGGUGCGAGUUAGGCCAUACAAUCGGCGAGAACUGGAACAAAACCAAAGGACUGUCAUAAAAGUGAUGGACAAAACGACGCUUUUAUUCGAUCCUGAUGAAGAUGAUGAUGAAUUUUUCUUUCAAGGAAUUAAACAGAACUAUCGUGAUAUCACAAAAAGAGUGAACAAAAAAUUAUCAAUGGAAUAUGAUCGUGUUUUCGAUACUGAUACAACAAAUAUGCAAAUAUUUGAAGAAUGUACAGCACCGCUGGUUGAUUCAGUGUUAAAUGGCUACAAUGGUUCUGUAUUCGUUUAUGGUGCUACAGGAGCUGGAAAAACAUUUACCAUGCUCGGUAGUGAAUCAUGUCCUGGUUUGACAUUUCUAACAAUGAGAGAUCUUUUUGAUAAAAUCGAAGCACAAAGCGAUGUACGCAAAUUCGAUGUCGGUGUCAGUUAUUUGGAAGUAUAUAAUGAACAAGUUAUGAAUCUUUUAACUAAAAGUGGUCCUUUAAAAUUACGUGAAGAUUCAAAUGGGGUAGUAGUGAGUGGUUUAGUUUUAAAGCCUAUUUAUAGUGCAGAAGAGAUGUUGGAACUUCUAGCAUUGGGUAAUUCACAUCGUACUCAACAUCCUACUGAUGCUAAUGCUGAGAGUUCACGAUCACAUGCUGUGUUUCAAGUUCAUAUACGUAUGACAGAUCGUAAGACCGGCACAAAACGUAUGGUUAAAUUGUCGAUGAUUGAUUUGGCUGGCAGUGAGCGAGCAGCCAGUACAAAAGGUAUAGGUAUGCGAUUUAAAGAAGGCGCUAGCAUCAACAAAAGUCUACUAGCUCUUGGAAACUGUAUAAACAAAUUAGCAGAUGGUUUGAAACAUAUACCAUAUCGCGACUCAAAUUUAACUCGCAUUUUAAAAGACUCCUUGGGAGGCAAUUGUCAAACUCUAAUGGUGGCAAAUGUGUCUAUGAGUUCAUUAACAUAUGAAGAUACGUACAACACAUUAAAGUAUGCCAGUCGAGCAAAGAAGAUACGCACUACAUUACGUCAAAAUGCCUUGAAGACGAAUAUGCCAAAGGAAUUCUAUGUUAAGAAGGUCAAUGAACUAAUGGAAGAAAACGAACGUCUCAAGCAAAGCAAUAUUGCUUUGGAGGCCAAGGCUAGUAAAGCUACAACAUUUGACGAAGCAGAACUUAGGCCAUGGUACACUCGUAUCGAUCAAAUUUUCGCAUCGAUUAUAAAAACACAAGAACAAUAUAUAUCAUUAAAGAGUCGGGUGAAAAAUCUCACUUUUCGAAUUAAACUUAAAACUGACAUGGAGAAUACACGAAAAAUAUUAUAUGGGGAUUGUGAAUCACAGGAGAAUUUCACCAGCUACACUUCGUCGGUGUGCCAUUUAAGCAAUCAAAUUGAUCAACUAUCAGCGGACAUUCCGUGCUGGCGCCAAAAACUCCGCAGUAUUUAUAAGAAUUUGGAGAAGAUAAAAGCCGAAAUAAAAUCAUCGAAAUAUGCAAAUUUUCUCCAAAUUUACUUAAAAUACAAAAAUUCUGAAAUACAAAAUUCAAGAAAGUCUUUGAUUAACAAACACAUCACUGCAAUCGAUAUGGAAUUGAGUGUAAACGCAACUUGGCUACAGAAAACUUUCAAAUUAGCAACUCAAGUUAUUAAGAAUGGCAAUCUAAAUACGCAACAAAGGUACCACUACGAACUAUUGGAGCGUCAUCUUAGCAAUACUACUAAUUCCAAUGAACUAGAUGUUGAGGAAAACUCAAUAAAUGGUGUACGUCCAAUAACAAGCGAUGAAGAUAGUGAUCAUUUGGCUACAGAUGACAUUAAUAUGGAAAAGAAAGCAUCGUGUAGCAAACGGUUGCGUUUGGAGGAGUAUGAUUUGGAUGAUCUAGAUGAUAUUAAUGGUUCUAGUACAGACGAUGAUGGCGGUAGUAAUGAAGAUAUGCAUACAACAUUUAAAAUGCCCGCAAAAAAAAUACGAAAUUUAAAUGAAACACAUAUUUCAAGCGAUGUCGAUACUAAUGGCAAUGCAACAUUUUAUAUGGGUCCUUCUACAUCGUCUUCAUUGUUGGCGAAAUCAAAGACCGACACAAAUAAUGGCAAAUAUAUAUCCAAUAUAUUAUCAGAUCAAAUGGUCAGGGCAACUAAUGCAGAUCAAUUGAAGAAUGUACUUUUGAAGUCUAAGAAAUUUACACAUGGUACUCUUAGGACAGUUACUGGUAGUCUUCAAAAAGAAAACAAAAAAUUUAGUCCGAAUCGUGUGAGAAAAAGUCCUCGCACAGUCGUUUCUAAAGUUCUUAAUACAGCUGCAUCCAGCUUUGUUAAACAACGUCAAGCAACGCGCUUAGCUAACGGUGGACCGGAUGCUCCAGUUGUGAGAAUAAAUAGAGCUGCUUCAUUAAGGGUAAAAAAAUAGUUUUAAUCAUGGUAGAAUUAAAAAGGUACAAUUAUUAGAAAGUUUGUUCUCAACUACACAUUUCAUAAAAAUAGGAAUGUUAAUAAAAAAAUAAAUUUUAUUCCUUUUUUGUUUAAAAACUAAAUUUUAAUUAAUAAGUUUUUGUGUGAAGAAAUGCAAAUUACAUUUUAUUAAAUAAAAAAACAUGUACAUAUGUAUUUUAUAAUAUAAUUAUAUAUACGUAAUUCUUUUAACAAAAA